AUGUCUUCCCUUCAUAUUGCUCUCGUUGGAGCAACCGGUAACUUGGGACCAGCUAUACUACAUCAGCUCGCCGUCGCAUCUUUCAAAAUCACGGUUCUCACUCGCGUUGGCGGCAGUUCGAAAGUGGAAGUGCCACCUGGUGCAGAUAUUCUGGUCAAGGAAGUCGAUUAUGAUGACCAUGGUGCUCUAGUGGCUGCUCUCCAGACUGUGGAAGUUGCGGUAUCGACCCUGGGCUUUCAGAGCCUUUUCGAAACGCAGAAAAAGAUUAUUGACGCGUGCAUUGAGGCAAGGGUCACGCGAUUUCUUCCAUCGGAAUUUGGAAAUGAUACCGCCAACGAAAAUGUCAGAAAACUUCCUGUCUUCCUUGAAAAAGUGAAGACUCAGGAAUACCUUGUUUCCAAAGUUGCCAACCAUCCAGAACUCAGCUACACAUUCCUCUACACUAAUUCUUUUUUCGACUGGCAACUAAAGAUUGGCUUCAUGGUUAACCUCAAAGACCAUACUGCUACACUUUAUGACGGGGGUGACGUUCUAUUUUCUGCGACACGGCUUUCAACUAUUGGCCGAGCCAUCGUGGCUGUGUGCAAGAGUCUGGAGGCUACCAGGAACCAGGAUAUCUACGUGCACGACGCCAGUGUUACCCAGAAGAAGCUUAUCGACAUUGCUAGAGGAAUCGAUGAUCAUCAAUGGCAAACCAACACUGUUUCUACCGUGGAUGUUGAGCGGGAUGCGUACAGUUUGCUGGAAAGCGGAGUGCAAGGGGACAUGGUGAAGGCUUCUUUGGGGUUUAUCUCCAGAGCAUGUUGGGGCUCAGGAUAUGGGGGCGAUUUUACGAAGAAGAUCCAUAAUGAGAUGCUCGGCAUCCCUCUGAUGAGCGAUGAUGAAAUCAGGGACAUGAUAGAGGAAAUUAUCAGCAGCUCUUCAUAG